UCCCAAUUUCUCCCGGUCCCCGCUCUGGGACACCGGCUCCACUCCCUCUCUCGCCGAGGUUUCCUCUCCACCACCCGGCGAGAGGCUAGCCCGGCUCCCGCACCCCAGCCCCCUCCUCGCCAGUCGCACCUGCCCCGCCUCCCGGACCGGGGCCGGCUCGCGCGGCGCAGGCGCAGCAACGCGGCCGCGAGGCCGAGGGCGACCAAAGCAACCUCGGCGUCCACCUUCUCUGACAGUAUCCGCGCUGGGCAGCGGCCCCGCGGGCCGCGCGUCGUAAUGGGCUCGGGCUGGAGCAGCGAGGAGGAGCGGCAACCGCUGCUGGGACCCGGGCUCGGGCCUGCGCCGGGGGCUGCUUGGAGAAGCAGGGGGGAGGCGGCGGCGGCGGCGGUGGUACUGCCCGCGGCAGCCCCGAGUCCCGGGAGGGUGUACGGGCGCCGCUGGCUGGUGCUGCUGCUCUUUUCGCUGCUGGGGUUCGUGCAGGGCCUGGUCUGGAACACCUGGGGCCCCAUCCAGAACUCGGCGCGCCAGGCCUACGGCUUCUCUAGCUGGGACAUCGCGCUCCUCGUGCUCUGGGGGCCCAUCGGCUUCAUGCCCUGCUUCGCGUUCAUGUGGCUCCUGGACAAGAGAGGUCUUCGGAUAACAGUGCUUCUGACAUCCUUCCUUAUGGUUUUGGGAACUGGUCUAAGAUGCAUACCUAUAUCAGACUUAAUGCUUAAAAGAAGACUAAUCCAUGCAGGACAGCUGUUAAAUGGAUUGGCAGGUCCGACUGUAAUGAACGCAGCUCCAUUCCUCUCCACAACGUGGUUCUCUGCAGACGAGCGGGCCACUGCCACAGCUAUUGCAUCAAUGCUCAGUUAUCUUGGGGGAGCAUGUGCAUUUUUAGUUGGACCACUUGUUGUUCCAGCUCCCAAUGGGACGGCGCCUCUUCUUGCUUCAGAGAAUAGCAGGGCCCACAUUAAAGAUCGCAUAGAGACUGUAUUAUAUGCAGAGUUUGGAGUUGUCUGCUUACUAUUUUCUGCAACUCUAGCUUAUUUCCCACCGCGGCCUCCUCUUCCUCCCAGUGUUGCUGCAGCUAGCCAGCGGCUGAGUUAUCGGCGGAGCUUUUGUAGAUUAUUAAGCAAUUUGAGAUUUUUGAUGAUUGCUUUAGCAUAUGCCAUACCACUUGGCGUAUUUGCUGGCUGGUCUGGAGUUCUGGACUUAAUUUUAACACCAGUGCAUGUCAGCCAAGUAGAUGCUGGCUGGAUUGGAUUUUGGUCCAUAGUUGGAGGCUGUGUUGUUGGAAUAGCUAUGGCAAGGUUUGCAGAUUUUAUCAGGGGUAUGCUGAAACUAAUUCUUCUCCUCCUGUUUUCUGGGGCUACACUAUCAUCCACGUGGUUCACCCUGACCUGUUUGAACAGCAUCACACACCUGCCUUUAACCACAGUGACAUUGUAUGCCUCCUGUAUUCUCCUGGGAGUGUUCCUGAAUAGCAGUAUACCUAUAUUUUUUGAGCUUUUCGUGGAAACUGUCUACCCAGUUCCAGAAGGAAUUACUUGUGGAGUUGUCACUUUUUUAAGUAAUAUGUUCAUGGGAGUACUUUUGUUUUUUCUCACAUUUUAUCACACAGGCGGCAUGCGGGAUCUUAGUUCCCCGACCAGGGAUCGAACCUACGCCCCCUGCACAUUGGAAGUGCGGAAUCUUAACCACUGGACCACCAGGGAAGUCCCUAUCUGUUGUACUUUUAAAAUGUGGACUAACUUGCCUUGUGUAGUCUUUCUCUUGUGUCUUGGAACCUGGUAGGCCUCAGACAAUAGCCUUCCAUCUCAGCCAACACUCAAAAAGAGAGCAAAAAGCCGCCCCACCCUAGCUGCUCUGUUCAUUCAACAACGGAGAAUUAAUUUUUUAAAAACAGCUAAAAAAUGAAACAAACCAUGAAAUUCAUUUCAGCAACCUUGGAAAAAUGAUAAAAACACAUCAAACCAUUUUAGCUCUAAACAUGCUACAUUUGGUACAUUGCGAGGCUUGGGGCUCCAGAAGGGAUGCCAGAAGAUCAGCCCUACAGCACAGCGCUCUUGGGGUUCCCCCAGGUUCUUCUAGUUUACAAGCGAGGCUUCUACAGUCUUGAUCAAAAUGGCAAGAAUGACUUGGAGGCACUUUUGAUUUACCUUAAUGUUAGAAAAUGAUACUUUUUUAAACUACAAUUUAAUUUAGACUUCCUCUAGUUCAGAUUGGCUUACUUCCCAUUUACCUGGAAGAAUCGUAGAAUCAGAGACGAGGAUUUAAUCCAACACCCCAUUUUACAAAUAAGUAAAUAGAGAAGCUUUCAGGUUAAAUGACAGCUCAGUUUUAGCAGAUCACUCGACUCCUACACCAGCAUUCCUUCCAUAAGUGAUCAGUGUGUUAACCAGAAAUAAUUUAAGUAAAAUUUCUUUCAAAUUUUUGAAAAUUAAAACACGUGAGUGUAUACCCAUUAUAAAAUACCAGUACAGAAAUAUAAAGUGUAGUCUACCUCCAAACAUGCUGGUUGAUCCAUUCUCCUUUUCAGAGAUGAUCCCUAUGAGUCCUUUCAGAAAAUUUUCUAUGCAUUUACCUACACCAAGUAUAAAAACUUAGAGAGGAUUUAAAAUCAACUCAUCUCAGGAACUAUUUCUUAAGACCAUGUUGGCAUUAACACUUGGGCAGGAGUUUCUGAGCUCCUUAUUUUUCUCCAAGACAAAUCUGUAUCAAACGUAGCAGUGGUUAAUGGAGACAUUUUACAGACCUGGUUAUGUGCCAUCAAGCUCUAUCAUAUUCUGAAGUUUAAAGGUGAACUUCAAUAUGCAAUAUUGGUUUUCUUAUUGGAAAUAUAGUCAGUUUUUAAUGCUGCCAACUAAGGUCCAUGCCCCAUGAGAGAAGAAAAUGAAUGAUCCACCCCCAAAAUCCAAGCGGAUUUUCUUGACAGGGUUUUCUUGGCUGUCCAUUUCAGCAGAGGCACGCCAUACUGUAGAAAGCAGAAAGUCGAGAAGACAGCUUAUGCCAUCCCAUUUUUUAAAAAAAUAAUAGCUAAUGAAGAUUCUGGUAAUCCUUAACUAUUUUCCUGGUCACCUUCCUUAGCUGUUCUAACUUUCAAGCUACCAGUAAAAUUGAUGAACUGUAGUAGGACAAGAACUUAGCUUUGUUUGGUCGCUUCUUUCUUUCCUGUCAUCUUUCCCAUCAGGCUUUCCCCUUUCUGGUUGUAUCUUCCUGUUUAUUUCUGACUAUGCUUGGAAGCAAGCUGUGUGAAACCCACAUUGUCUGAGUUGCCCAUAUUAUUGAAGAGAGCUGGCCAAUUUCUUCAUGAACUAGACUAGAGAGGACAGAAAAAAGCCCUAGCCUAGAGCCCCAGGGCCCAGCUCGUGGCCAGGCCUGGUGUCUUCAGCUGUUUAACCCUGAGCAAGUCCCUUCAUUCCUCAUUUACCCACAAUUCUAAAAUGAAGGAGUGAACAAAGAUGUUCCCUAAGGUCUCUUCCAGUUCAGAAAUUCAGGUCCAUUCUUUUUAAAUAUUAGGAAAUGACUGACGUACAUGCACCUGUUUGUGCAGUAACCCUCCUCCUGUGAGUCCCUACACGUAAACACACAGACUCUUCCACCACACACACAUUCAGCAACAAGAAGAAAUGGCUUCUUCAUUGCCUGUGCUAGAAGAUAAGCUAUAGGUACUGUUUAUUUCCCCAAAGGACCUUAUAUAUGAAAUGCAGCGUUUAUUAAAUUUAUCAAAUGUGAUACGAGAAAAUCUGUCAUCUGCUGUUGAGAUAACAUCCUGGGAGCCAGGUCAGAGUACUGCAUUUGCUUACUGGAAUCAGGACAAACCAGAAACCCAUCCUUUGGUUUGGUUUGAUUCAUUGUGAGUCAGCAGUGACUUGGCACCUGUAGAAAUCAAACUGUUGGAUCAGAUGGUAAAGCUGAUCCUUGAACUGAUAUUUCUAGAGUUACAGCACCGAACUGAUAUUUCUAGAGUUACAGCACCGAAGAAUUGUAAGUUGCGCUACAACAAUGUCGUCUCUAAUGGCCAGAUUCUGCCAGUAGAGCUGUGCAUAUAUCUUUUAUAGAAUGAGAACAGAGGUUUAGUAGGUCAUGUCUGAUCUGUACCCAGGUGUUAGGAAACAAGGCUUCACUGAAAUUGUAACAUGGGCACAAAAGCUGUCAGAGAAAUGAACCAAAAGUCCAGCCUGAGAGUCAGGAGGCCUGGGUUUCAGUCUCUCUCUCCAGGGCAGCUGCUGAGCACCUUGGGGCUUUGGAAAAGUCACCUGCUCUCUCUGGACCCUGGCUUCCUCUAAAAUAGAAGGGUCAAGUGGAUGUUCCUUUUUGCUGAAGAGUUUUAUAGCAUCUGAUAUACACUUAUUUGGUCACACACAGACCAGACAGAAAGUAGAAAACAACACAAGUGCAAUACCUUGCCACCGGUCCUUCCAGUUACACAUUAUCUUUUCAAACAAGCAAGGAGCUUCUACAAGGAAGGCCCCCUUAGUCAUGCAUUAUAGGUGCCAGGCAGUUAUGGAAACUCUCAGGCCAUCGACAUAUCCACUAUUCCUUCAUUCACGCUUUUAUUCAUUCUACAUACAGAGUAAUUACAUGUGUGCAGUGUGUGCCUGUGAAGGAGAAUCAGAAAAACAAAAGAUGUUUCUACCCUUCAGGACAUUUUAGACAGAUUUUUUAAAAAACAAAUACUCUCCUGAACUAGCAAUAAAAAGGAAUAAUGAGAGUUUCCCAAAUAAUUAUGCAUAGCAGGAACCCAAAUUUUUUUUCUUGUACCAUCAUUAACCAUAACUGAUUUCAAGGGAAGGUAUUCUGUUCCAUUGGAAUUUCCACCAUAGGCAGAACCUGUAUCUGUCUGGGAUCACUGAAUCAAUUUUCACGUGAGGAAUCCCAAGCCUUCCCAUCAUCCCAUGGCUGGGGAGUGGGUUACUAUUCCUUUAGGAAGUUGGGAAGAUUGUUGGCACCUCCAGCUUCCUCUGAAGACAAGACUUAAAUACAAACACACCAAGAUACACAUAAGGCCUUGUGCGUUUCCUUUCUAAAAGGAAUUUGAAUUUUAACAGAGAACAAAGACUAAACACCAAAAGAAAGGGUUUCUAGUGAUAGAACUUGGGACAUCAACUCAUCAGAGAGAGAAGGGCUGCUUUGGGGGCAGGAGACUCUAUGGGAGCCCUUCAGCUGUGUCCACCUGUAAAUCUAAGCCACACUUGAGGCAUCGCUAUUGCAGUCCUGGCCUUCUAAGCCCUUGCAGAAACCCAAAGAUGCUCAAAAGGGCAGGUUUUAGUUCUGCAGAUGGGUUUAUUUACUGCCAGUGUCCCCACCUCCAAAUUUACUUCCCUCUUUACCAGAAGUAAAUCUUUUGGAGGCUUAUGAAAAUCAAGUAUUAGGAAAAUUCUGCCCCCAUCCUACUAGAUUGCAUCUACAAGUCCCAAACAAAAUCACUUCCUUGACUUACAUGCAUAUAAGCUCAAGGAAGGUCUGUGACUCGGAGAAGCGGCCUAGAAGAAGUCAGGGCAGGUGUCUGAUCCCACCCCUCCUGCUAUAGGCAGAACAGGGCUGCCCACUGGAAUCCUGCUAAAAUGAGGGCUGUGCUGGGGUGGUCCUUUUCCUCUCAGUCCUUCCCUGAACUCACUAAUUCACAUUGCACUGCUCUUCCUGAUCAAUAACUUAUUGCUGAGAAAAUCAGUAAAUGAUGUAAAUGUCGCCAGUGGAGCCGUCCCCCUCCAUGACCCCACUGUCCUUUCAGUCUGCGCCCCAGAAUCCUUGUUCCGUGUCCCACAGAAACGCAGUUACCCUUGUCCUUUUCAGGGAAAAAGACAUUGAUUGAGAGCUUAGCCCUGACAUUUCACCCUCUUUUAUCUCAGAACACAGAAGCCCCUUCACGUUUGUUGUCUUUUUUACUCAAGGUUAAUAUAGAUCCCCAGGCACUGGCAACUCCAUGCUGCAUUCUGUUGCCUAUGAUUGUCCUUCCAUCUAAUUGGGCGAAAGGCUACUCUAAUGAACCAGCUACUGAUUCCCUUACCUAUUCACUCUUUUAUCAGUAUUCCUUUACCAGUAAAUUCUUUGUUAUCUAGGUCCUAAAAUUUAUUUCAUGUUUUUUUAAAUUUUAAUUUUUUCUUACAAAAUUGCUUCUUUUAUCUUAUAGCAGACUGUGAUCUUUUUGCUUCUGAGUACUUUAUAAUACAAUUCGAAUAUAAUAGAACAUUAUAAAAUAAAGCCAGGCAGGGAUUUCAUCCUAACCACUAUUAAAUGCUGGGAGAGGCAGAUCAUAUUUUUUUAAAAAGAGAGGAGAGCUGGGAUGGAGGAAGCUGGAUCUCAUAAUUCAACCAGUAUAUUUCGGGCUCCUGCUGCAUGCUGAGCACAGGGCUAGGCUCUGAAGAUGCAGAAACAAAUAAGACAGCAUCCUGGCCCUCAGAGAGAUUCAUAUUCUGAUGAGUCCAUUCAUAACAACUGUAAUUCAAACCUAGCAACACCCCCAAAAACCGUUGGAAGCUUUGUAGCUUAUUUCUAUGACUGUCUAUGGGAUCGUACUCUGUUUGGAAAAAUACGCUCUAAAUCCUGCUUUCUUGGGCCAUUAGAAAUCCAUGCUUGUCCCUAAUCAGUUUUGUUUUUGUUUUUGUUUUUUUUAAGAAUUUGAGGCCAAGACAUGUAUAUUCUUUUUUUUUUUUUUUUUUAUGGCUGUGUUGUGUCUUCGUUUCUAUGCGAGGGCUUUCUCUAGUUGUGGCAAGCGGGGGCCACUCUUCAUCACAGUGCGCGGGCCUCUCACUAUCGCGGCCUCUCUUGUUGCGGAGCACAGGCUCCAGACGCGCAGGCUCAGCAAUUGUGGCUCACGGGCCCAGCUGCUCCGCGGCAUGUGGGAUCUUCCCAGACCAGGGCUCGAACCCGUGUCCCCUGCAUUGGCAGGCGGAUUCUUAACCACUGCGCCACCAGGGAAGCCCCCUAAUCAGUUUUUAUAGUUACGUGUAACCUUCAUAGAGUAAAAAAAAAAUGCAUCUGGACAGCUUUUGAAGUGUCAGGCAGAGAAAUCUGUUUUGAUGGCUUGAAAAGAAGUGGAAAAGUUUUAGGGAAAGCUAACAAGCUUCCAAAGAGUUCAGAUCUGCUAGUGUUCAGACAUGGGAUUAGGCAGAGGGAAAAGCCUUCUAGCAAGAGGGAGCUGGGGCCAUGUAAGCAUGGAGACCCCACUGAAGGAGUUAGCGAGAUAGAAGCCAGGCUACAGGCGUUUGUUGAUAUGUCUGCUGAGUGAAAGUGGAGAAGGAGGUUUGGAGGCAGGGAGUUGUGGUGGAAGCAGAGUCUGGAAAACAGAACCCCAAAACUGGCUUGUUCUCAGAGUCAUCUGGCCCAGCCUCCCGCCUCCAAGCACAUCCUGCCUGUGCUGUCUCUGGCCAACUGCUUUUUCAGCUCUCGAGGGAUGGAGAUUCUACAACCUACCCUGUCAUCUGUUCCAGAGCCACCCCGCUCUGCACUUAGAAGUUCUUGCUUUUAAAGAAUGGAGGCAGGAGAGAGGUGGUCCAAAAAUGGGGAGACAGCAAAUCAGGGCAGAGGAACUGUCAUGGAGCUUGGAGAUGGGGACCGUCUCUGCUUGGAGACGGGGACCUCACACCCCAGGGCAGGUGGGGACACUAGAAGGGGAGCCAGCCAUCUGGGAACCGCCCUCGCGGAAGCCCUGUCUGGCGGAGCGGAGGUUCCCGUUCUGCUCCACAAAAGCAGUGGGAAUCUAGACAUCCGCCGCCUCUUAUGCCUUCAGUACCCUAUUGCAUUUCAUACACUCUGCCCGAGUCAUUUCUUUUCAUACCAAUUCUUGGAUGCAAAGAAAUCUUGGGUAGUCCAAGUGGAUUUUAGAGCCAAGUAAAGUCACCAUGUCUUACUCCAUUCAGACUUUUCCAUCUGCCUUCACCCUCUCAGUCACACCCCUAGAAGCAAACCGGAAAGUCCUUGCAACCAAAAUCACUAUCUGAAAGCCCAAGAGCUUUCUUGUUCUCCCUCUGUUCUCAAGCCACAGUGUAUUGGUCUGAUUUUACUCCAUUUAUAGUUCUCUGGCUUUCAUGGCUCUGCACCACAUGACAGAGCAGGAAAGCAAGCAGAGGCCGGGGGAUCAGGUGGAAGGAAGUAGAGGCAGGAUGGCUGCAGAAGCAGAGCAGAGACAGCUGCUGACGCGGGAGCCUGCAAUAGUCCCAUGGCCGCCGUGAUCCACGCUGGGGUCCUAGUGUGCCGUACAGGCUCUCGCAACCCCAUUCCCUGGGUUUCCUGGAGGUGGCCUUUCCCUCAGCCUUGGGCCUCCCCUUGGCGGUGAGUCUCACUGCAAUUCAUGCCCUCCCUGUGCCCUCCUCCCAGUCCCAGGCUACACUGAAGCCCCUGACUCCUUUUCAGUCUGCGGAAGAACAGAGUCCCUGCCUGUUGGGAUCUGGUCCACUCUGGGGAUGGUUUUUAGCUGAAACUGCUGCAGUUGAGCACAAGAAGUUCUGACUGCCAGAGUGAAAGAGUACUCCAGCAGGCUGCAGCAGAUUCCCUGCCUCUGGGGCUGUAAAUAAGAGAAGGGUCCAGGACCGUCCCAGAGGACUAAGGAUAGACCAGAUGAUCUCUUGAGAUUCCUCCCAGCUCCAGAACCUGACUUUUAAAUAGCAACACUAAGAUCCAGGUGACAUACAGGCUCCCUGACAGCAGGUGCUCCUCCUCCCGUGACACCCCAUGUACCUGGGCAGACAUUCUUCUCCCAGCAGGAGACAUGGUGCAAAAAUAGACAGGUGCAGGGAGGGGGCUUAAAAUCUGCCCACGCUGAGCCUUGAUGCCAGGGGAUGUGCAUAUCUGCUGGCCCAGCUCUGUGACCUGGUGGGUCUAUGCAACUGUCAAAACAUGAGUGUGUGUGAUAAAUUCCCCUCCGACGCUCAUCACAACUUCUGAGUGUUCUGUGCAUUUUUAAAAAAUUCUUACCAUGUAAAUAUUAUAUUACAUUUUAAUAAAAAGAUUUUUUUUUGCAUUUUACUUUUGUAAUAUUUGGGGUUUUAUAGAUUUUUAUUUUAUGGCCAAGUAUACUUUUGUAAGGAAAUGUUGAAGUCUUGAGUAUUUUUAUUCUUUUCAAACUAUAGUUAAUGUCAACUGUAAGCACUGAUAAAUAUUAUUCAUAUGUGGCUUUCCUUCCUUUCCAUCGGGUCUUUUUAAGGAAAUGUGUUUUGGCAUAGCAUUUUAUUUAAAACUCUGCUUCAUUUUACACAUUGUGAAUACUGAAGAUUCUGAAAAAUAAAGAUGCAUUUAAAAUCUCUGUGCUGUUACAUUUUAGAAAUGGUAAAUGUGCAUUGCUUUGCCAAAGUGGUAAUGAAAUGUUUAAUGGUUUAGAACUCCUAGUUCAGAAUGGGGCUUCUAGUCAUUACUCACAGUACGGCGCCUCCGUGUCAGCCCCCGCUUCUUGGGAGGGUGCACAUGAGAAUGGUGAUUUCCUGCUCAGCUUGGAAAUAUGGUUAUGUUGACAUUAUAGUUACUGUGCUGUGGUUUUGCAAUAAAUGUGUAUUGAAAGCACUUGU